AUGGUUCAUCCAAAUAAAGAUAAAAAUAUUCGCCUUGAAAGGCACAGUGCAGGAAAAACUCCAGCAUAUGGUGAUUUGACUGUACGCUCUGGAGGGGGGAAAUAUAAUUGGGGAAACACGACUUCUGAAAUCCGUGCCAUGGACUCCAAACCCAUUGAUGAGGGCGAUCCCAUGUAUGACAGCGAGCUUGAGCAAAUCAACAAAUAA